AUGAUAUGUCUCCUUGCCUUCCUGUGCACUCUCUUAUUUCCUGGUGGUUUGGUGGCAUUCAGCCUGGAGCAGCCAUCCGUGGUUGUGGCACGCAUGGGCAGCUUGGCCAUUCUGCCUUGCAAAGCCAGCACCAAGAUCAGCUAUAUCCACUGGUACCGUCACCAGGAACAUACGGCCCCCCAGAGGAUCCUCAGACUGAAAGUGUCUGGAUUUUCUGUGCACAAGGAUUCAGUCCUGAAAGCAGAUAAAAUCAUUGCCAUAAAAGAUAAAGAUGUCACCAGCGAUAGCCUGUUGGUGCUGAAGCUGGAGAAGAACGAUGAAGCCGUGUACUACUGUGCUGCCUGGUAUAGCUGGUACAACAAAGUGUUUGGUCCUGGCACAGUGCUCAGGGUUACAGAUAAAAAUCCUGAUGAAGACAUUCCCCCCAAGCCCACAGUUUUUCUUCCUUCAAUUACUGAAAUUAAAGUCCACAACACUGGAACAUAUCUUUGUCUUCUUGAGGAUUUUUUCCCUGAUGUUAUCAAGAUAGACUGGAAAAAAAAAGAUGAUAAAACAGUUCUGCAAUCCCAGCAGGGAGAUACCAUGAAGACUAAGGACACAUACAUGAAAUUCAGCUGGCUGACCGUGACUCAAGAAUCAAUGGCUAAAGAUCACAAAUGCAUGGUCAAACAUGAGAGGAAUAAAGGAAGGGUUGACCAAGAGAUCGAUUUUCCUUCAAUAAGCAGAAGUAUGUGCAUGUAA